AUGGCAGGCAAGGAGACAGUAUUCGAUACGUCCACUGACGAGGAUGUCGCUCUUGAGCAUCUCGGAUAUCAGCAAGAAUUCAAACGGACUUUCAGCUUGUUUGACAUGGUAGGAUUUAGCUUCAGUAUUGUGACAUGUUGGACUGCAUUGAGCGGUGUAUUCAUCAUUGGUGUUGAGGCUGGCGGACCACCAGUCAUGAUAUUCGGUUGGGUGGGAGUUUGUGCUAUUACGAUACUGAUUGCCCUUGCUAUGGCUGAGAUGUGUGCCCGAUGGCCGGUGGCUGGAGGUCAGUACUCAUGGGUGGCCCUGCUUGCACCACCACGAGUAUCCCGACAAUUAUCUUACAUUACUGGAUGGUUCAUGAUCAUAGGUAUUCUGGCUAUGGGUUCAGUGAACAAUUCUGUGGCGUCCAACUACAUCUUAGGGCAGGCAAAUCUAGUCUUCCCCAGCUACACCAUACAAAGAUGGCAUACUGUUUUAGUUGCCUGGGCCGUAGCGCUUUUUGCUUUGGCUGUCAAUGUCUUUGUACCGCAUGCGCUACAUCGACUUUCUCGCCUUAUACUAGUAUGGAAUAUUGGGUCGUUUGUGAUUAUCAUUAUCACACUUCUGGCGACCAAUGACCAUAAACAAGAUGCAGAAUUCGUUUUCAAGGACUUUCGCAAUAUGACUGGCCUGGGAGCUGCAAUGGCGACAAUUGUUGGCAUUCUACAGAGUUUCUUCGGCAUGUGUUGCUAUGAUGCACCUUGUCAUAUGACAGAAGAAAUGACGCAUCCCAGUCGAGACGCUCCAAAGUCAAUCAUCCUAGCAGUCGUUAUGGGCAGUGUGACAGGCUUCUUUUUCAUUCUUACCUUAUGUUUCUGUAUGGGCGAUAUUGAAAGCACGGCCAACUCGACGACAGGAGUGCCUGUUCUCGAGAUUUUCUACCAUUCAACUCAGAACAAAGCUGCCACUUGCAUACUGGCAAGUAUGAUGACAAUCAUCAUUUUGGUUGCAUCUGUGAGUCUCAUUGCUGAAGGAUCACGAUCGGUAUAUGCUUUUGCCCGAGAUCAAGGACUCCCAUUCUCAAGAAUCUGGGCCACAGUCGAGCCGAGACAGAAGAUUCCUCUUUACGCCAUUUUCCUGACCCUUAUCGUUCAAUUAGCUUUGAAUGCCAUAUAUUUUGGAACAGAGACGGGAUUUGAAACAGUAAUCUCUAUCGCCACAACUGGGUUUUAUGUAUCCUACGGUCUUGUUCUUUUGUCACGGAUUCUAGGCUAUGUUUUUAGCCAUCAUACGUCCACUUUUACAGGACCAUACGCUCUUCCGGUUUCCGUCUCAAUUGCAUUCAAUGCGAUUGGACUGGUAUUCCUAUUAUUUGCUUCAAUUACCUUUAAUUUCCCUUCUGAAGCCCCGAUAACCUCAAGCUCAAUGAACUAUACCUGUGCAGCGAUAGGUCUUGUCGUUCUCCUCAGCUUUAUCACCUGGUUUACAAGCGCAAGAAAUCAUUUCGCCGGACCCUCAGAUGUAAGGAGUUUGGUGGUUGAAGUUUCGGGCGGAGAUACUUUACCAUUAGAGCAGUCUGGCUUUGCCAAGGUACUUGUACUGGAUGAUAAGCCAAGUGAAGAUACAUUAUAA